UUAUUGCCUUUGCUAGAUAAAACUUACGAGUGAGAUAAUUCGUAGUGUGAGGUUAUGUGUCACACUUGCCACACUGGCUUACCUUCAUCGUGAAGAGCUUCCCGCACCAAGGACAGAAGUACUUCGCAUCGUGCUCCGGGUGGACCUUGUGCUUAAUACCUUCCAGUUUUAACUGAAAAGUUACAAUCAAGGAAAAUGCUGAAGCAAUUGAGCACAUCUGCAUUCUUCUGCGCAAAACGUGCGUAUUCGAAUGUCACAGGAAAGAUAAAUGCACGCAAGUAUGUGCUGACAAAAUAUUUCCAAGGGGAGCCAAAACAGAGUGACUUUAAAAUUGUUGAAGAAGAACUUCCAGAAUUAAAAGAUGGAGAAAUAUUAACGGAGGCUGAAUAUUUAAGUGUUGACCCUUACAUGCGCGCCUACAUGAUUGGAUACAAAUUGCCUACUGAUAUGAUAGGUGGUCAAGUUGCUAAAAUAAUUGCCAGUCGUAACGAUCAGUAUCCAGUUGGUAAAUAUGUGGCUGGUUCAUUUGGAUGGCGUACACAUACCAUUUGCAACCCUAAAUCAUCACCGUACUUAGGAUUUAUGCCUAUCACACUUUUGCCUGAUAUGAGCCCACAUCCGAUUUCGCUUGGUUUAGGUGUAAUUGGAAUGCCAGGUAAUACAGCAUAUUUCGGGGUUAAAGAAAUAUUAUACCCAAAAGCUGGUGAAACUAUUGCCAUUACUGGAGCAGCUGGUGCAGUAGGUUCCCACGUUGGACAAAUCGGAAAAAUAUUAGGCUGUCGCGUCAUUGGAUUUGCUGGUACUGAUGAAAAAUGCGAAUAUUUACAAAAGGAGUUGGGAUUUGACCACGCAUUUAAUUAUAAAACUGCUAAUAUCAAAACUGCUUUGAGAGAAGGAGCACCCAAUCGUAUUGACUGCUAUUUCGAUAAUGUUGGAGGAGAAAUCAGCUCUACUAUUAUGGGUCACAUGAAUAAAUACGGACGCGUGGCAGUUUGUGGUUCUAUAUCGUCGUAUAAUGAUACGACUUUACCAAAAGUGACUAUUCUACAACCAUCGAUCGUGUUUAAAGAAUUAAAAGUAGAGGGAUUUCUGGUUAACCGGUGGCUUGAUCGAUGGGACGAAGGAAUUAAAGCUAAUAUGAAUUGGCUGCAGGAGGGGAAAAUAAAGUACGAAGAAAAAGUUUACAGUGGUUUUGAUAACAUGGUUGAAGCGCUGGUUGGAAUAUUGAGAGGGGAAAAUACGGGAAAGGCUGUUGUAAAAGUAAAGUAAAUAAUAUCGUGUUAUAUAAAAAACCCCAUUCAUAGAGACGUAUCUAUCUUAUCCGAACAAUGUAAGUGUACCUAAAAAAAUAUUUAAUGGUUUGAUUAAAGAAAUCAGAUCCCAA